GGUUAUUGGCCAUUGGUAACCAAUUCAAUCCCAGUAAGCCUAACCAGUACAUUUGCAGUGUUAUGAAAAUAUUGAUACCUUUUGAGUUUUUGAAUAAUAUGGAGUAAUGAUCUACCGAAGGAAUGCUAUGAUGUCGAAAUGAUUGUUUGUUUAAGGUUUUAUUGAUAAACGUGCGCCGUUCAGAGCUGGCGACACUUUGUGAUGUUGAGCAAUCCGAAUAUAUGGCCAAUGAAUUAUAUAGUUCAAGAGAAUCAUAACCUUACUACCUAACAUCAUAAAGCACAACUGUCAAACUACAUAGACUACUUGGCUAUCAUCAUAUGUUUUAUAAUUUUUUGUAUUAAUUUCUCAAUUCUAAAUCAGAUUUAUCAAAUCACUUGUUAUUCAGCUAUGGCUGAUGAAGAUGAUGAUCGUUCAAAUGAAGAAGAUUUCCAGGAGUCUGAUUUUCGUAAUGAAGGUGUUGGAGAAGAGCUCACAGAUGUAGAGGUUGAAUCGCUGAAAAGGGAAUUGCAGUCAGAGAUUUCAGAGUUGGAAUGGGAAUUUAAACAAGUCAAAGAGUUACUAUACAAUGAAAGAUUAAUGCAAGCAGAGAACAAAUUAUCUCAAGCCAAAUCGGGUACUGCACCAGAAUUUCUUCAUGUUGUAUCUUUGGUCGAAGAAACAUACAAGAUUAGAUCACAGGUGGCAAAGUACAGAAUGCAGUUCUCUGUAGAAAUAGUCAAUAAAGAGGUGGAUAACGAAUUACUAGUUGUUGAAUGUGAUGCCAAAGAGCGACUUCUAGCAGCUGAAGAACAGAUUCGUGUACGUCUUCAAGAGAGUAUUUGUAAACUUCAAUAUGAGCGUAUUGCUCGUGGAUAUAAAACUCCUAAAAAUGUUGAUAAAGAAUCUUCAGUAUCUUCAGAUCAAUCUGAUAUUUAUCUCCCUAGUCCAAAUCUUGAACCUCGAAGAAAACCAGUUGCCCUAUCUCCGACCACUCCAAAACUUAUUUAUCAAAUUCCUGAGAAAGAUAUUCGAUCAGAUAUUGAGUUUAUUUUAGCAGCUGUGAAAAAACACAAAUUGGCCUUUGCUAUAUCUCAGUUCGACGAGGAACAUAGGGCUUCAGCCGCACGUCUCCAUUGAGUUCGGUUCUCUGCUAGAGUUUCCACCUGGCUCCAAGUCUGCCCAUAUGCUUUCAUCUCCUCUUUACAUGACCUCCUCCAAGUCACCCUCGCACUGAUGACCAACUCGCCGCUUCUCCUUCGGGUUCCACUCGAGCUAUGGCUUGUCUAGUGAUGUCAGUUGAUGGUUUCCUCAGAGUAUGGCCAAACCACUUCCAUUUCUUCCUGCUAAUUUGUUGCACAACUGGUUCCUGCUGGGUUGGUUCGCUCCCAGAGAUCACUAUUGCUGAUCCUUUCUGGCCAUCUGAUCUUGAGUGAUGUACUGAGCGAAGACAACUGCUAAUGUCUGUAGUUUGUUGGAGAUGCUCUUUAUGACUUACCAAGUCUCUGAUCCGUAUAGUAGCACUGACUUCACAUUGGAGUUGAAAAUCCGGAUCUUAUUUUUGAUGGUGAGUGCUGUUGACCUCCACUUUACUUUUUUUUUUAACUUUACUUCGGCUAUCUCCUACGGGAGGAUGAGCCGGCUUCAUGAACCAUGAAGAGUAAUGAAAGCUUGUCUUGCUUUCCCGAUAUCCUCGUCAGUUCCACCUGUAGUUGAAACGAUGCUUCCCAGGCGUGUAAAGGAGGUUGUUUCUUUCUGGUUCCUCUCAUUUAUGCCGACUGAUGGUUGUUGUUGGCCAGGUAUCUUCAUCGCGUCUGUUUUCUCUAUGUUCACCUGAAGUCCUAUCUUUGAGGCUUCUUGUGCCAACUUGUUGCUUUUCACUUGCAUAUCUUCCAGUUUGUGGGAAAUCGAACAUAUUUAUGCAGUUAUUUAGGGACCCAACUCUUUGGCCAAUGAAUUCUAACUCCUACCAAUUCGUGAUUUUAGCGUGAACACCAGCCAAUAUCAUCGGCGAUAUUUGUUCUCACUUCCGACUGGGUGGACCUCAUUGGUUACGAUUUAUCACUAGGAAUCCAGACAACUUUAUCCUGCAGCUAGUCAGUGUCAGACUAAUUUUCAAGAUAUUGUUUGUAGGGAUUUGAUUAGUUGUUAAACCAUUCGAUUAUGUAAGGUUAUCCACUAUUUUUCACGCCUUGUUAUUACUCAUAUAACGUCUGUCGUCAAUUAAUAUUGUAUAUAUUAAUCCAGUGAAUAGCAACUUUGAAGUGAAGUUACAAAUAGAGGUCGCUUUGCGGACUUACACCUUCUCAAUAACUAAUUGUGUUUUAAGAAAAUUAAGGUAGCUUUUACUCAUGGAAAAUCCCUAUCGUAACAUAUAGAGAAUCAAAACAAGUGAUUCAGCGGAGAGACUGUUUUCAACGAAUUUAUCAUCAAGCUGUACAGCCGUAUAUAUAUGGUUUUUAAGAAGUUAUAUCUGGUGAGGGAAUUCAAUCAUAGGUGUGAAUGCAUAAGAUAAAAAUAAUGGUAUGAAAUGCAAUUAAAACUAAAAUGUUUGUGAUUAUAUUCAUAGGUAAAUGUCAAGUGGCAAAGCA